CCCUUAAAUCCGCCACUUGAUUAUCUCUAAGAACCCGACCGUGUUAAAAGUUUACAUAAACUUUGUAUACAGACAUCAUGGAUUCUAUACGAAAUUUUGCGAAAACUCAUUCUAAGGAGCUGGGGUUGACUGCUGUUGUUGGAAUAUCUCUCUUUAUAGUCAUUAAGAGGCGGAAGAAGCGAGCCAAGAGAGUUUACCCACCAAAUACGAUAGUCCAUCACCAAAUAGGAAGGGGAGCUUACGCGCCUAGCUUAUCACCAUUUUGUCUAAAAUUAGAAACUUAUCUGCGGAUGGCAAAAGUCCCAUUUAUGAAUGUCCAUGACAGUAUCAGUAACAGAAGUUCUAAAGGAAAACUGACCUGGAUAGAAUAUAACGGAGAAAAGGUAGCGGACUCGGAGUUCUGUAUCCAGUUUAUAAAUCAGAAAAUUAACAUUGACCUGGAUAAAGAUUUCUCUGAGGAGGACCGAGCAGCAGCAUUAGCUAUACAGAGAAUGGUGGACGAGCAUCUGUUCUGGACAGUUGCAUUGCAGCGUUGGGUUUAUGACCCUUCCAGUGGAAUAGACCCAAGAAAAACACUGAAUUUUUCCUGGUUCACAUGUCACAUGAUAAAUAAAUUGAUACAAAAGCAAACUUAUGCACAGGGAGUGGGCAGACACACAAAGGAAGAAGUUCACCAUGUAAUGGAUGAGGAUUUAAAGGCCCUGUCAAAGUUUCUAGGAAAAAAGAAUUUUUUAUUGGGGGAGAAAGCUUGCCAAGCAGACAGUGCUGUGUUCGGAAUGUUGGCACAGAUGUAUUACCAUGGCUUUGGGGGUUAUGGGGAGAAAGCCAUCAAGAAGUACCCGAAUUUGUGUGAAUAUUGUGAUCGAAUGAAGGAAGCACUCUGGCCAGACUGGGAUGACUGUAUAACCCAUGGCUGGACAAAGGAAGCCACGAAAUAAAACAAACUCACAAAAUGUAAUGCCACAGUGACAUCUAGAACCCACAAUGUAAUGCCACCCACACAAUGUUUUGUUUUGAACAUAUUUUAUUGUAUAAUUUAUACAAAGGAAUUGGUUGCAAGUUCUUACAACUUAAAAAAAACCUUUCUAUACCAUCUAGAAACCACACAAUGUAAUGCCGCAGUGACAUCUAGAAACCACACAAUGUAAUGCCGCAGUGACAUCUAGAAACCACACAAUGUAAUGCCGCAGUGACAUGUAGAACAUGAGUGUCGAAUUCAUCAUUAUUUUGCUUGUUAAGCUCCAUCAAAUAUUAUAAAUCAACUGGCUGAAAGAUGAUCAAUCUUUUUGAGAAUUUAUUCAUAUUCUUGUAUUAAAAUUAGUUAAAGAUAUAAGAAAGCU